AGAAACGCCCUGUCAAACCGCCUAUAUAACAAACAAGCAAGAAACGCCCUCUCUCUCUCUCUCUCUCUCGCUCUCUCUCGCACACCCACACAAUUCACCCUAAACUCGGACCCAAACCCAAAUCGCCCGUCGUUUUUUCUCUCACAGCCAUGGACAACGUCUCAUCUCAGGUGUGCCUGAAAUCGGAUUCCCAGUCGGAGGUGCUCGAUAAGGACACAGCUAUGGUCCCCCUCAACAAUGAUACACCAAUAAUCGAGACUAGGGCUGAAGAACCAGAGACUACAGAACCAACGGAAGAAGAACGUAUUGCUUUUUUUUGGGGCAAGACUGAAGAAUCAAUGGAUUGGAAGGAUGAAGAACCAGAGGAUGAAGAACCAGAGGAUGAAGAACCAAAGGAUGAAGAAUCAGAGGAUGAAGAACCAGAGGAUGAAGAAUCAGAGGAUGGAGAAUCAGAGGAUGGAGAAUCAGAGACUUGGAAAUCAGAGGUUGAAGAAUCAGAUGAUGAAAAAUCUAAGGAUGGAAAAAGUUAUGAAGGUGAAUGUAAGUAUUGUUUAAAGGUGGAUAAGCACCCUACGCAACUAUGCUCUUAUAGGUAUCGAGUCCCAAAGAACGCAAUUGUUGGUGAGAGUUGUGUGGUUGAAUGUCUUGUUUGUGGCUGCCUCUUUAGAGACUCAUGUUGUGCUAGUUGUGGCCUAAGCAUAGGACGUGCAGUUCUCAAGGAAUGUACAAUCUGUGGGAAGCAAGAAGAACACUCAAAUUUUGAGUGCCCGGAACGCGAGGAGAAACGUAAGGAUUCUGGUUUUACUUACGACCCUUAUACUGGUUCUUUUUCUGUCGAGAUUCGCCCUUUGAAAUAGGAGAGAAUGAAGAGUUAAUUGUACUCUAGAGUUAAAGCAAAAGAGCAAGGAGUGCUAUUUUCCAUAAAUGCUAUGCAUCCUAUCAUUUUGAUGUCUACAUCGUGCAUUGUUUUUAUCGCAAAUGAAUUGCAAUUUGCAGCACAUGGUCUAUUAUAUUGUUAUGCUUGAAGAUGUGAGAAUUCAUCUAUUUAUAAAAUGUCUAAAGUAAAAUGUGGUUUUUAUCUCAA